CUUAUUCUUACUGUUGUGUCUCUGUUGUCAUUGUGAAGACCUCUGGCCUUAAUGCUUGUACAAUGAUAUCUUUGAUGGAGAAGCUUUAUCUCACUUUCACAUGUGUCCAGUAGCAGCAUACAUCAACUUUAUCUUCUCUGCUCAAGAGGAAAGCAAUACUAUCAUAUCUUCUCUUCAAACUGACUUUACAUGGAAUGACGUUUAUACAACAGGCCUCACAAUGGCCACUGCAGUGAUUUAGUACCAGCAUUUGCUGUGUGUGUCCACAGACACAAUCCAUUAUAUAUCCCAUUUGUUCCACGUACUAUUGCAGCUGUUGUUGCAAGCAGAAUAGAGGAAGGAGGAAUACUGAUGACGUGACAACUCAAGCUUUUGAAGAAGGUAGCAAAAAGAGUGUUGAUGUGAUAAGCAUUCCCAGUGCCACACCGGGCACUAAGAUGAGAAUGUGGCUUGGGAUCACAGUUCUAAUUUCUCUUGCUGUAUGUUUGGCUAUGGAGGAGGCAACUGAUGAGGAAGGAAUCCCUUGCUCAAAGCAUCAGCUAGCUUUCAACAACUCAUGCUAUGAGUUUGUUACACUGCAACGUACAUUCACAAGUGCCCAGAGGUGGUGUGAGAGAGGAGGGGGGCACCUUGUCUUUAUUGAAAAUGAGGAGACUCAAGAAUUCUUGCAGAAACAUAUUGCUGAGGAUCAGGAAUGGUGGAUAGGACUGAUUUCAGACUCCCUGCUGAAUGAAACUACUGACGGGUCAAUUAUUUGGCUGGACACCUCAAAUAUAAACUACAGUAACUGGUACAAGGAUCAGCCAUCUCCUUAUUCAUCUGUGUGUGGAUACAUCCUGAAGAAUGCCAAGUAUCAGUGGGGUGUGACUGAAAACUGCAGCCAGGAAUUUGACUUCAUUUGUCAGUUUGAAAAUGGCCAGAGCAUUGCUUGUGAUAAUUACAAUGCCACCGUACAGUGUGGAUCAGGAGAAGUUAUUCAAAUUGGAGAGUCAUUCUAUGGAAGGAAGACCCCUCACUACUGUGUAUUGGAGACUCCUCCCCAGAAUGGCACGGAGGAAGAAUGUAGCUGGAUCAGUGUCAGAGAAGAAGUGGCAGGACAGUGUCAUGGUCUUCAGGCCUGCCAGGUGGCAGCAGAUGGCACUUUCUUCGGAGAUCCGUGUCCAGCUUCUGGAAGCUAUUUGUCCAUUCAGUACCACUGCAAAGACGGUCUGCAGCUGAUUGUAACAGAUACAUGUUUUAUUUCUGAAAACAUCACAAUCACUUUGAACUGGCUGCUCUCUCCAUACUCUGGCAACCUUUCCUGCAUCAUUAGCACUGGAGAUGGACACACUGUGGAUCCUUACUACCCUCUAACACUGCUCAGCAACGUCACACAUAGAUAUGCAUCUCCUGGGGAGUUUGUUGUUUUUGUGGAAUGCAGCACCAGCGAAUGGCAUGUGACAGCACAGAAGCGGGUGAUGGUUCAGGACAAGAUGGAUGAACUAAGCAUUACUGGGUGCUACAGCCACCACCAGUCUGGGAACGGCUCUCACUGCCAAACGCUGUAUGGAGAGUUGUUGUGGAUUCAAGUUGAACUCAGUGGAGGUAGCAGAGUGACCUACACUGUAUUAGCAAAUAACAUGACACUUAUUGAGUCCAGUGCAGAAGAAGGAAUUGCCUCUCACAACCUGACACUUGACAGUGCUGCUCAAGAGCUGCUAGGCCCUGGGGUACAUCAGCUGGAAAUCCGAGUGUCCAGCAACACAACUGCACCAGAGAUCUUGGAGAGCAUCGCUGUUCACUUAAUUGAGCCAGUGUCUGGUCUUCGGGCUGUAUUAGCUUCUCACACGCUGCAGCUGGGGGAGAAUUUGGAGAUAAAUGUCUCUGUGUCUCAUGGUGCCCCAGCUAAGUUGAGGUUUGAAGUGGUUGGAUCGAAUGAAACUCAUGCUCACCAGGAAGACUGCCCUCAAGGGGAACCUCAAACAUACAUCAUUCCCGUGCACUCUGAAGAAAAUUUUAAGCAUUUGUCUUUCCUAGGUACUUUCCUAGUGAAAGUGGUGGCCAUGAAUGCUUUCUCAAAUGUGAGUCUGGAUAUUGGAUUCAUCAAUGUGCUGGCAAACAGUUCUCAUAAAGAAGGUAAUUGCAUUAAUCUGACAGUGCUGGUUUUGACCACGUCUUUUUGCAAUCAGAGCACUUCAUGGAGUGUUUAUGGUUUGCAUCUAGCAAUUUCUUCCUUUCCAGCAACAGUGCUGAAACUUUUGAGGAGGCUUCUUCCUGAUGACAGCAGAUUCCCAGGCUUUGAAGUGCUCAUUAAUUAUACUUUUCCUCAUUUCUUCUUUGUACAUCAGUUAAAUUUCAUCACCUCAUCAGAUCGUGCUAAGGAAAAAGACACCUCUAAAACAAAUUCCCAAAUGACCAAAGGUCACCAAAGGAAAAACAAAAUGCAUAUUAAACCGAGUCGUCACGUGGAUCCUUUCACAACUAUUACUCUUGGCUGGCCAGAUAACAAUGAUAAUUCCAGUUUUCUCUGGUCCUGUGGAGCUUGCUGGCCUGAAUGGGAUGAAUGUGUGCAGCACCAGAUAAUCCUUACCAGCCAACGAGAGGUGCAAAUCCCACCUUCCUGCCUUCCUCCUCCGAAGUCAGCAGUGACUGUGAGGGUCACAGUGCGAAGCCACGGGAAUGAAGAGAGGCAGGAUGAACAGUGCCUCUAUGUGACUGCAAAACAAGAUCUACAGCUCGAAAUCAGGUGUGAGGCAAACUGCAAGCCAGUGAAUGCUAGUGAGGAAGUUGUUUUGAGUGUGUCUCGACAGAAGGACUCUCAGGACACGUACUAUAACUGGUACUUAGAUAACACGUUCCAAAACAAGUCUAUACCCCUCCCUCCAGCCUGCAGCCUGACUGGUUUCCGUCAGAACUCUUUGAAUUUGCUUCAAAGCAACACAUCCACGUUGAUAAUGAACAGCUCCUUCUUGCAGAUGCAUGGAGAAGCUUUUCAGAUUAAAGUAACAGCACUGACUCAGCGUGCUUACGGGGAACAAACCUACCUUGUCAGCACCGUGCCUCCGCCCCAGGUCCCCAGCUGUGCUGUGUCUCCCAAGCAGGGAUCUGUGCUCACCACUUUCACAGUCUCCUGCAGCACUCCAUGCUCUGUGGAUUCGUGCCAAUCAAGUCAUAGCACACAGCUCAACUACUGCUUCUAUCUGAACUCAAGUAACCAGUCAGGUAACAACAUCUUUCCUAUUUCAGAUUCUCUCCUGCACUGUGGUCCAGACUCUGAACUCUUCCCAGUUUAUCUUCCACUUGGAGAAGAGGAAAAUAAUUUCAUUUUACAUCUGACAAUUACUAUUAGCAACAGUUUUGGUGAUACAGUUCACACCAAUGCUUCGGUGAAGGUACACAGAAGAAAUACUUUAUUUCAAGGUGUUAUACAAGCAGAUACAAUCGAUGGGAACCUGACCCUGCAGACCAUUGUAUCUGAGAAGGCAAACACCAUCCUAAAAGAUGGGAACAACAGCAUGAGUCUUUUCCACCUGUUUAAGUCAGUGACUUCAGUCCUUAAUCAUGAAACCCAAGAGGAAAACUUUAACAUAUCUUUACAGGCAGACACACGAAAAGAGCACUAUUUGCACUUAAUUAGCAUCUUAAUCUUUCGCCUAAUUACCCCUUUCUAUUCCAAGCUCCGAGGGCUAAUGCUGACAACUCUCUCUGCUGUUAAUGUAACAUCAGUACAAACUGCUCUUAAGAUGUCAGAAGUACUGAAAGAGAUCACUUACAGGUCUGAAGAGCUGUCUGUCUCAGCACAGGUAAGAAGCAGUUCAUCCUCUGUGGAAGCCAGCAAUACACUGAAAGAUGUCAGCGCUUCCUUGCUCACUGUAAACACAGAGGACAGCAGAGAUGAUCAGAAACUAACGGACGCAGCCAGCUACCUAUUUAACGCAGUGAGCAAUGUCCUUCAAGCCUCCAUACAAAACAGAGCCACGAACACUACAGUGCCUGAGGCAGAACAGAUGGUGAGCUUUGCCAUGAAUCCCUUUUUCUCCAGUGACACCAGUUUUGACAUCAGUGGAACAGUGGGAGGUCUAAGUCUUACUGGUCUGGAUGGCUUGAUCAUACCAGUCAGCAAUCUUACAGAAAGCAUUGAGGUAAAGUCACUAUUUUCUAUCCCUCUUCUUCCUUCCGUUUACAAUCUGUCUUGUAUAUUACUGUCUUAUUUGACUGCAAAUGGAGGUACUGUAUUCAUUUCAACAUAUAAUGGGUGUCUGCAUUUGCAUUCUGCGCCCCAGGAAGAUAGGAUUCAGUUGAACCUGAGCAAUUUUAGCAUUUUCCAAGUAAACAUCACCUCCGAAAACACAUCAAUAGUGAUUCAGCUGGAAUGUGAACAAGACAUUCCACUAAUACUCUACUUAGGAUAUGGUUAUCGCCCAAAUGAAACAAACUAUGACAUGAAAAAUCAUCUGUUCUAUAAGAAAACUAAUGGAGGUGAAACAAAUACUUGGGUUCUUAGCCCUGAAGAACUCAUUUUUGGAGAGGGAACUUACUAUUUGAUGGUUUCACAAGACAUGGGAAUGGAUUCCACUGUCUAUGAUGGGCUAGCUAUAGCUGUCACUUGUUUUGCAUCCCGCUGUGUAUUUUGGGAUGAGCAGCAGGGGAACUGGAACAGCUAUGGAUGCCAGGUAGGACCAAAAACAAAUUCUAGAAGCACACAGUGUCUCUGCAACCAUCUUACCUUCUUUGGGAGCUCCUUCUUUGUCAUACCUAAUGCUGUUGAUGUUAGCAGAACUGCACAGCUAUUUGGUACAUUUGUGGACAACCCCAUCGUGGUGACCACAGUAGGAUGUAUCUUUCUGAUAUAUGUGCUUGUAGUUAUUUGGGCCCGAAGGAAAGACAUCCAGGAUGAUGCCAAAGCAAAAAUCACAGUGCUGGAAGACAAUGAUCCCUUUGCUCAGUAUCGUUAUCUUGUGACAGUUUUCACAGGACAUCGCCGUGGGGCAGCCACAACCUCCAAGGUGACACUCACUCUCUACGGACUAGAAGGAGAGAGUGAGCCACAUCAUCUAACUGAUCCUGACACACCAGUGUUUGAACGUGGAGGAGUGGAUGUUUUCCUACUCUGCACCCUCUUUCCUCUAGGAGAAUUGCAGAGUAUUCGACUGUGGCAUGAUAAUUCAGGGGACAAUCCAUCCUGGUAUGUGAAUCGAGUAUUGGUACAUGACCUUGCGUGGGACCAGAAAUGGUAUUUCCUCUGUAAUUCCUGGCUAGCAGUUGAUAUUGGAGAAUGUGUCCUAGAUAAAGUAUUCCCAGUAGCUACAGAGCAAGACAUGAAGCAGUUCAGCAACCUGUUUUUCAUGAAGACCUCCAAAGGUUUCCAGGAUGGGCACAUUUGGUACUCAGUUUUCAGCCGCUCCCCACGAAGCUCCUUCACACGAGCCCAGCGCGUGUCAUGCUGCUUCUCACUGCUGCUCUGCACCAUGCUGACCAGCAUCAUGUUUUGGGGAGUGCCAAAGGAUCCAGCUGAGCAGAAAAUGGAUUUGGGUAAGAUUGAGUUCACAUGGCAGGAAGUGAUGAUCGGCUUUGAAAGCUCCCUCCUCAUGUUCCCCAUCAACCUGCUCAUUGUGCAGAUUUUCAGGAACACACGACCCCGGCCAGCCAUGCAGGGCACAGAGAAGAAGUCAGGAAAGAAUGUCCGAGUGUCCCCAAGCCUAUCUCCCGCCCCACAGGUCACCCCAGCCAUCUCGCUCACCCCAGAGGCUGUAACAAAGGACAUAAGAAGAAUUGCUAACUCGCUCUUUAAAGCCCUGAAGGCUCCAUCACUGACCUCAGUAUCAGAUCUCGGAAAAUCAACUAACAUCAACAUGCUUUUGGCAUUGGUUGAAGAUAUCAUUUGCCAGCAGAAUAGAGCUGGGCAAGAGUUUUAUGAUGAAAACAAAAAGAAGGGUGAUCCUGUAACUGUCACACUGGGUCCUAUGGAUAUACAAGAAAAAACAAGAAGCCCAAGUCCUGAAAAGGGAAUGUGUGAGCGACUAAAGUGCAGCGAUUACAACCGUUGCUUGUACAUGCAACUCCAGCAGGUAGAGAUGGAGCUCGAAUUACUGGGGCCUCAUAAAUUUCAGAUGCCUCAGAGUUAUACUCAAGCAGUUCGGCAGGUUCAGCACAUGAAGAACCUCCUGCAGAACCAGAUUUGCACGUCAGCAUCCAUCACUGAGAGGUGGUCACUUACUCCAAGCUUCUCUGGUGAUGGAAAGAAAAGUUCUUCUUCAAAAGGGCUGCCCUGGUGGUUUGUGUUCAUUGCUUGGUUCCUUGUUGCAGCCACCAGUGGUGUAUCUGGGUUCUUUACCAUGCUGUAUGGGCUGCAUUAUGGUAAGGAGAACUCCAUCAAAUGGCUGAUCUCCAUGGCCAUCUCCUUCUUUGAAAGUCUUUUCAUCACGCAGCCCUUAAAGGUGCUGGGAUUUGCUGCUUUUUUUGCUCUGGUUCUGAAGAAGGUGGAACAUGAGGAUGAAGAAAACACUGCCAUUGAUGGACCUUUACCUGCACCAGGAGACUCAAAUCCUCUCUUUGGAGCCCGACGGGACAGCAGAAGCAAUAUUUACCAGCCACCUCCUGCAGCUGAUGUCGAGAAAAUGAAAAUCAGCUGCAUGAAGGAGCAGAAGGCAUUUGCCCUAAUCAGAGAAAUCCUGGCCUAUCUGGGGUUUUUAUGGAUGCUAUUACUGGUUGCCUAUGGGCAAAGAGAUCCUAAUUCCUACUACUUAAACAAGCAUAUUGAGAGCAGUUUUACAGAAGGAUUCCGUGAUGUCUACAGUUAUGAGGAUUUUUUCACAUGGGCAAAAACUACCUUGGUCAAAAAUCUUUAUGGAUCAUAUAAAGGGUUCAUUACAGAUGGAAACUCCAAGCUGGUGGGCAGCGCUCGAAUUCGCCAAGUGAGAGUGAAAGGAGACACCUGCCCUAUUUCACCCACCCUCCAGCAUGUGAUUCAGGAAUGCCAUGCUCCAUACUCCCUACAAACAGAAGACACAUCAGACUAUGGAGAACACUGGAACACUUCGGUCUCUGAUAUCUCCUCAGAUUUGAGCUCAGCCUGGCAUUAUCAGAGCGAGACCAAAUUGAGAGGGCAGCCCGUCUGGGGCAAACUGGCCAUCUACGGGGGAGGGGGAUAUGUGAUUCACCUGGGAACUGAUCCUCAGAAUGCCUCCAGAAUUCUCCACUACCUUUUCAACAACGUUUGGCUAGACACCUUCACAAGAGCAGUGUUUGUUGAAUUUACAGUCUACAAUGCCAACGUGAACCUGUUCUGCAUUGUAAGCCUGAUGUUUGAAACCAACGCUCUAGGGGCCUUUUUCACAAGUGCAGUGCUGCAGAGUGUCCGGCUCUACCCAUAUACCAACAGUCUUCACAUUUUUGUUGUUGCUGCAGAAGUAAUUUAUUUCCUCUUUAUCGUGUACUACAUGAUUGUUCAGGGAAAACUGAUGAAGACUCUGAAGUGGAGAUAUUUCCACAGCAAGUGGAAUCUCCUGGAGGUGGCCAUCAUACUGAUUAGCUGGAGUGCCCUCUCAGUGUUUGUGAAGAGGACAAUCCUUGGGAGCCGAGACAUCAGCUACUACCAGGAACACAAAGAGGACUCUGUAAGCUUUAAUGAAACAGCAAGAGCCGAUGCAGUUCUUGGCUACCUGAUUGCUUUCCUCGUGCUUCUCUCCACAGUGAAACUGUGGCAUCUACUGAGGCUCAACCCUAAGUUAAACAUGAUCACUUCCACUCUAAGGAGAGCAUGGGGUGAUAUCUCUGGAUUUAUCACUGUAAUUGCAAUCAUGUUUCUCGCCUAUUCCAUUGCUACAAACUUGAUAUUUGGCUGGAAGCUCUGCUCUUACAAAACUCUCUCCGAUUCAGCAGAGACCAUGGUCAGUCUUCAGCUGGGAAUCUUCAACUACGAGGAGAUCCUGGACUACAAUCCAAUUUUAGGUUCCUUCUUAAUUGGAUCCUGCAUUGUUUUCAUGACGUUUGUGGUGCUGAAUCUCUUCAUUUCAGUGAUUCUGGUUGCUUUCAGUGAGGAGCAGAAGCACUACCAGGCUUCAGAAGAGGAGGAAAUUGUGGACUUAAUGCUCAUGAAACUUUUCGAUUUCUUUGGGAUUAAAUGUAAGCAGGAAGAGAAGACGGUCUGUAACAAUCAGCCAAGGCAACCCGUCAGCAAUUAGUGGACAACCAUAAUGAAAAGCUGCUUUGUUUGCAUGCAAAAGAUCGUACUUUGUAACUGCCAGCUGCAACGGCCACUUGGCUGUUGUGCUUCUGACUAGAACGCUGUACGUAGCCUUCAACAAACUCUUGCAGACUGAUGCUUUGUAGCUAAAAACUCGCACGAAACGUGAAAUAAAGCAUCCCAUGUGCACCGCCUGCGGGCUUAGCACCUGUAGUUAAUCAACACCGAACGUGCGUCGCAUCGCUUGGCUCACGGCGCUCGCUUUCUGCCAAGCGAUCACCCCUGGAAGAUGGCGGUGCAGCCAGCCUUGGUGCUGGCCCCUAGGGCCGUUAUCUUCCCGCGCGCAGGGCCGGCAGCGGGGCGCACGGGGGGCUCGAUCCGGCCCCGCUCGACG